AUGCGUGGGAUACGGAAAACAGAUCUCACCAUCGAUCAGCUUUGCCGUGCGCAAGCGCUUGCCAAUGGUUCAAACUAUCAACACCCAGAUGAAGACAUCAUUGAGCGGAUGCGCGCGAGAAAUGAUGUCUGUAGCACCCAGGAAGCAAACAGCCCCGAGCACCUCGCGCCUCCUUUACCUUUAACGCCGAUAAGUUUGCACUCCGAUGUUCUCGCCCGCAGUCUGCCUGUACCAGCCACUGACCCACCUAAGGCGGCUCCUACCAUCUCACAAACACAUCCAUGCGCGAAACUCUCGUCAGAAGAUCAUAUCUGGGAAGAGAAAGCAUGUAAAGGCAUCGCUCACAAGGGGCUGAGCUUGGACAAAGUCUGGGAUAAAAAGACGUGGAAGCAGAAAGCCAACAACAUCGAACGAUUGAAGUUGCUAAAGGACGAUGGGUACGACAUCAAAUCUCUACAGGCCCCGAAGACAUCCGCAGAUGCAAUAAUCGAGGCUCUACUGGCUCACGUCAAAGUACGGAAGGAGAAGAAUCUGGAUCUUGCAGCUUCUACAGCACUACAUUCAUUUCCCAGUGAGGAAGUACCAGAAGUAAGGAAAGAAGAUAGCUAUGACCCCAUUCUAGCGAACGAUGACGACACAGCGGAUGCGGACCCCAAGGAAACUGAAGACUUUGUUCCAUCGGAUGCGACACCACAUGGUGUUCCAGAGUUUGCGCACGAUGAACCAGAAUCGCAUGAUGAACCCGAAUCCCACGACGAACCAAAAUCGCACUCAUAUAUCCCGCCCCCCGUCGCACAGCAAGCUGCGUUCAUAUACAGUCGACAGAUUGGUCGUGAAAUCUUCCGCUACGCUAGAGAGAAGAGAAGGAUAUUCCAAGACCCAAAGUCGAAAGAAUCCUUCAACAUUUGUAUGGCGUCGUGGAGACCCUCACGAAUCAUCUUUCAGUCGCCGCCAUCGGUCGCUCGACAGUCCCGCAAGCCGCAUGUGUAUAUCAGCGCGCAAGGUAUCAAGCUGAUGAUGUGGGAGCUUUCGCACAUCACUUACAAUCGUUAUGAAGAUGGUAACUGGUGCAUCGCAGACCCCGACGAAAUUGAAGAUCGAAAGGGCGAUGGAUUGAUGGAAGCAUGCAACCCAGUAAAGGACGACUUUCGGUACAGAAUCCGCAUUUCCGAAACUCCGAAAUUCCCCAUGAUCAUCGAAGGAGAGACCAUGGCACUAGUUGGUCUACUCAGACGUUUUCGUAAGAGCGGUAUCAGCUACUACCACAAAGGACAGUAUGAUCCACAACGGAUGGAGGUAGUCGCGUAUGACAAUGAAACUAGGCAAUUAAGUGAUGCCACCGAGACUGCUUUAGAGGAUGCUGAAAAGAUAUUAGAGGCGGAACACGCUCUUGGUGGCGUAGAGGUCCAUAUUGGGUGGCUGGAAAGCUCCGACUACCUAGAUAGUUUGUUCUAG